AACGCUCGGUGGUUGCGCUUCAUGUUGUCGAAGGUCGAUGGUCGAUGGCGAGAGCACCAUUUUCUGAGAGGACCGUGGACUUUUGGACUUCUGUUCCAACCACGAGGUCUCUGCGAGACAAGCAAAGGACUCUGCUGAAAUCUUGACAACCAUGUCUCGAGCACUCUUGGGAACGUGGGCCUGGAUUUGGACGUAACAUGCAAAGAGAGAAAGAGUUGGAAACUUGGAAUGGUUACGAGAAUGUUAUCCGGUUCUGACCCUUUUGACAUUUGCACGAGAUAGUUCACGUCCACAAAGUACAGUAGACGCAUGAUGGACAAACUUGGCUCGAGGAUUGUUCUCAGUCGAGGGAGGUAUUAGAUGGAAGAGAUAUUAUUCUUCAUGGACCUUUUCCAUCACGGUACUGAACUUCUAUGUCCUAAUGGCUAAGGAUCCUGUUUUUGCAAUUUGG